CGUCACUUGUUGAAUUGUUUGACUUUUUUCAUCAUCUGCAACACAAACAGCUGCACGCACGGUUUAUUUUGUUUUUGCAACACGCUCGUUUAUCAAAAAAGAGGAAUAAUCCAACGGAAAUUUAGCCCGACCGAGAGUACUUGACAAGUCUCGGCUAAACAGGAACCAGCGUCCGUUGCAUCCUUCCUUCGACACGCAACCAACUUGGGAGGAAUGAUGACGCUAGCCAGUUAGCCAUCCGAGCAGCAGUAGUUGGAUUACUGAUUACACAAAUUGGAAUUUGGGUAGCCUCGCGCGAAACGAUGAAUUCACUGCUGUCAAAACCACAAGGGAACGGACUCCUUUACGCUGGAUUUAACCAGGACCACGGAUGCUUUGCGUGUGGAAUGGAGAAUGGAUUUCGGGUUUACAACACAGAUCCUCUUAAAGAGAAGGAGAAACAAGAAUUCUUGGAGGGCGGUGUAGGCCAUGUGGAGAUGCUUUUCCGGUGCAACUAUCUGGCGCUUGUGGGUGGAGGAAAGAAACCCAAGUACCCCACCAAUAAAGUCAUGAUUUGGGAUGACCUGAAGAAGAAGACGGUCAUUGAGAUUGAGUUCUCCACAGAGGUGAAAGCUGUCAAACUUCGACGUGACAGAAUUGUGGUGGUCCUGGACUCCAUGAUUAAAGUUUUCACCUUCACCCACAACCCCCAUCAGCUGCACGUGUUUGAGACCUGUUUCAACCCCAAAGGUCUGUGCGUGCUGUGUCCCAAUAGCAACAACUCCCUUCUGGCCUUCCCUGGCGCUCACUCGGGCCACGUUCAGAUUGUGGACCUGGCAAACACAGAGAAGCCCCCGGUGGACAUCCCUGCCCACGAGGGGGCGCUGUGCUGCAUCGCCCUCAACCUGCAAGGGACCCGAAUAGCAACGGCAUCAGAAAAAGGGACACUGAUUAGAAUUUUUGACACGUCGGCUGGUCAGCUCAUACAGGAGCUGAGGCGAGGCUCUCAGACGGCCAAUAUUUACUGCAUAAAUUUCAACCAGGAUGCAUCCCUCAUUUGUGUAUCGAGCGACCACGGAACGGUGCACAUUUUUGCAGCUGAAGACGUAAAGAGGAAUCGGCAAUCGAGUUUGGCCUCCGCCGGCUUUCUUCCCAAAUACUUCAGCUCCAUGUGGAGCUUUUCCAGGUUCCAGUUGCCCUCGAGCUCCCCGUGUUUGUGUGCCUUCGGAACUGAGCCCAACGCUGUCAUAGCUAUUUGUGCUGAUGGCAGUUACUACAAGUUCCUGUACAACCAGAAAGGGGAGUGUUCCAGAGAUGUCUACGCCCAGUUCCUGGAGAUGACAGAUGACAAAAUAUGACAUUUCAAUGCCUUUGAGGAGGGCACAAUUACAAAGCUGAGUUUUCUUCCCCCUGCGCCCCCCAUUUAUCCAGAAUGGACCAGUACUUCAGUUCUCUUGAAUGACUCUGCUGAAGGAGCUUCAACUGAGAAAAAAAAAAGACACGCAAAUUGUCUCUGGAUUAUCAGGGCGAUGUUGAUGCCCACUCUUGAACCAAUCGCGAGAGAAGAAGAAAAAAAAACAAAAGCGAGGAAUUGUUUUGGACAUCAGUCCUUUUUACGAUGUCUUCCGAUGACUUUCCAGUGAAUGGCUGUGUUUUUGUUUUUUUUUUUUUUAGGCAUAGAUAGUUCAGAGAGAUUUUUGUCAACUCACGCCGCCUGAGCUAAUUCUAGGGAGUGCCUCUUGAGUGGAGCAAGAACCUGCUAACAGCUUGUCGUGUAUCACAUGGCAUGACGAUACAAACGCAUCACUGCGGGUGUGUGUGUUCUCCAAGCCGGGUCACAAAGAGCAACCAUGCAUACAUGGGGGGGGGGGGGGGGGGGGGUUAAUACUUCAUCCUUCACACUUUUCAAGGCUGAAUAUUAAUUGCAUACCGUUAUGCAUAAUGAAGUUGAAUCAUUUGCCUCAAGCUUCUUUUUUUUAAUACAUUGUGCAAUAUUUUUUUACUUAGCUGGUAUACAAGUUUUGCUAUCACCAAGGUAUGAUUUUAUUACUAAAUCUAGCCAAGUGUUAUGGCUUUUUUUGUUCAAGAGGCAAUUUUUUUUUUUUGCAAUAAUUUGCUUUACGCGGCACAACUCAUUUGAACAUGUUAUUGUGAUUAAUUUUGUUUGUGGAAUAUGAUUUAGGCAGCAAAAUCCACCUGCUUUUUAUACAAUUGCAAGUGGCGGCCAUUUUACCACUCGCUGUCAACUGAAAAUGACAUCACAGUUGCUCAAGGCUCAGCUUGCAAACGUCACUUGACCAAUCUCAGAAAACCGGUGAUUGGUCGUUACCUGAACACUGAUGUCAUUUUCAAUUGACAGCAUGUGGCAAAAUGUCCGGGUGGAUACCGCAAUAUUAAUCAGAACAGCGUGUUUAGACGAAUGGGGGCACAUAGAACAAUAUUGGAAACAUGUUUUUUGUUGACAUCCCUUAAAAAUAUCGCGGAGUCAAUAAUGCAAACAAUGAUGCGACUGCAAACGGACAAUUAACUUGGAAUCAAUCCUGAAAAUUAAAAAAAAAAUCCAACAACUUGCGCACUUAGAUUUUUUUUAGGGUGUACAUUUGACUGAGCAAAUUCAUGGUUAUUGCUCAACUAAAAUGUGUUUAAAUUUAAAAUGUUCUUCCACAAGAUUGAUUGGAGCAUCUCAAACUCCUCAUACGGUUACAAACGUGUCACGUCUGACAACAAAAAUUAGAAAAUGCUAGAAAAUCACCUGAUAGCCAACUGCGGUUUGCUCCAUGUAUCAUUGCGUGACAGGACACAUGAUGUCAUAUCCGUACAAUGUACUGUACUGAUAACCUGCUUCUUUCCGCGCUCUGCUCUUACAUUUUCAACUAAUGCAAAUUGGGGAGUUAUCUUUUGUGACUAUGUGUGAGAGCACUUACACCGGCCUAAUUAACAGCAAUUUUUAAAAAUAUGUUCCCAUGGGGUCCAUAACAGCAUGUUUACCGCGACAUUUCACUCGUGUUCACCAGAUUGUAUAUUGGCACUGUUUUCCACCUGUUCAUCACCGAACAUUGAAGGGAUGCCACGUAAAAAGUGAAAGACAGCUGAUAAGUAUGACAUUAAUUCUGAUUGUAAAGCAUAAACUGCGUUAACAUUUGGGAAUUAAAAAUAGCAGCUUUUCCACUUGAA